AUGGCGACUGCUAACACUACCAGCACUGUCGAAUCAGAGCCUCAGCAAGUACAUGCAACAACCCCAGAGACAUUUGAACAGUUGAGUAAAGUUCAGUCACCACCGUGUACCCCCUGUAAAGAGAAUGUUGGUUGGAGAAAGAUUGUGAGAAACUUCACACCUUCAUGGUUCGCAGUCACAAUGGGAACUGGAAUAGUGUCAAUCCUCCUCCACAACUUGCCUUACAACGCAAACUGGAUAUCACACGGCUUAGCCAUUGCCUUUUUUGUUCUCAACAUCACUUUGUUCACUGUUUUUACGGUCAUCACUUUACUACGCUACGCCCUUUACCCGGAAAUAUGGAGGGCAAUGGUCAUUCAUCCUGCCCAGUCAAUGUUUCUUGGAUGUUUUCCUAUGGGGUUUGCAACAAUCAUCAACAUGAUGGUUUUUGUUUGCGUUCCAGCUUGGGGUGAUUGGGUUGUUUUCUGGGCCUGGGGGUUCUGGUGGCUGGAUGCUGCUCUGUCCUUGGCAACAUGCAUAACAGUGCCAUUUGUCAUGAUUCACCAACACCGCCCAGGGUUGCAAGCAGUUACUGCUGCCAGCCUUCUUCCAAUUGUUCCAACUGUUGUUGCAUCAUCGACAGGUGGUAUCGUCGCAGAGGCUCUCUCUAACCCAGAUCACGCCUUCAUUACGCUCAUCACAUCUUACAUACUCUGGGGUAUUGGAAUCUGUUUUUCGGGCAUGGUUCUUGCCUUGUACUUCCAUCGCCUUACCAUCCAUAGCCUUCCAUCAAAGGAGGCCAUUGUCUCGGUAUUUCUCCCUAUCGGUCCUUUGGGUCAGGGCGGCUUUGGCAUUCAACAGCUUGGAAAAGUAGCUCGAAAGUUGCUACCCCAGAUGUCAGCAUUCAACACCAUUGCGCCUGGUGCCAUUCAUGGUGGGGAGGUGCUCUAUUUCCUGGGUAUCUUUCUUGCCCUCAUCAUGUGGGGAUUCGCGUUGGUGUGGUUGUCUUUCGCCCUCAUCAGCAUCGCGACUAUGCAAAAAUUCCCUUUCAAUAUGGGCUGGUGGGGCUUCACGUUUCCGCUUGGUGUGAUGGCUACAUGUACAGGCAUGCUUGCGCAGGACCUUGACAGCACCUUCUUUAGAGUCACAACAAUGAUAUUUUCUAUUUCCGUCUGCCUUUUGUGGCUGCUAGUAGCAAUCAGAACGCUUCAUCAAGCUAUUUCCGGGGAAAUCUUCUUUGCUCCCUGUUUGAAAGAUAUAAGAGAAAAGCAAGCGCAAGCUGGAUCUGAUCGUAGAGUAUAA